GCUGGUGAUCCAGAGAAAGGAAAGAAGAUCUUUGUACAAAAGUGUGCACAGUGUCAUACAAUUGAAGCUGGUGGUAAACACAAAGUGGGACCCAAUCUACAUGGAAUAAUUGGUAGGAAAACUGGCCAGGCUGCUGGAUAUAGUUACACAGAUGCUAACAUAUCAAAAGGCAUCACUUGGAAUAAAGAUACCUUGUUUGAAUAUCUUGAAAAUCCAAAGAAGUACAUUCCUGGUACAAAAAUGGUGUUUGCUGGUUUGAAAAAACCACAAGAACGAGGUGAUCUAAUUGCGUACAUUGAACAGGCAUCAAAGUAAGCUUAAUACCUGUUCAAGAUGAUAAAACACGCUAGACGUGUUCAGCGGGUAUAGAGGAAACUAGUACUAUUAUCACUUCAGACCUCAUGUACAUCCCGCUACAUCUCACUCAACUCAUUCAUUGAUUCUCCCCCACUCAAGCGUUUUCAAAGUCUGAAUAGUGAUAAAUUGUUAAUUAUAAAUAGGUGUAUCAUGUAUGUAACUAUGUACAUUGACAGGAGCCAGACUAGUAUUAACUAGAACUGGCUCUGCUUCUUCAUUAAAGAUAUUCUGGUGCUCUCUUACUGUGGCUGAGCCAUAUGUAGACUGUGCACUGUUAUUUAUUUGUGAUU